GGCCUUCUCAAAUCUCAAUCAUUUCCCCAAUGGGAAUCCUAAUAAAAUCAGCGGGCGGUAUGAAAUUGAGCAGGAGGCAAAACAGACAAUUAGUGCGCUGUGGGGGCAAUUGGGAAGUGAUGAUAUGGAUAGAGUUUACGCUUCACUCAAAUGCAGAUAAACUAAAGCUAGAGUACAUUAAUGGUGAGAUAGUGCUGUUGACUACCAGCUGACUUCCAUUUCCGCAGACUGGUCUGUGUAAGAGAGGUCGAUGACGAGGCCGAGGCGGCAUUCUCCGGCCCCACUCGCAGUUCCGUUACUGUGGUGGGUGGUGAUCUACUUCGCCGGCGUGCUGGGCUCGUCUUCUCCGGCACAGAAGGACGAGGAAGGCGUCAUUGGAUAUGGUUACAGAGUGGUGUCAGUUGGGAAGGAGUCCUCCGGGAGAUCUCUGACGGCGGACCUUCGUCUCAUCAAAGAAUCCUCCGUUUUUGGGUCUGACAUUCCCUCGCUCAAUCUCGUUGCAAGCUUCGAACAAAACGACCGUCUAAGAGUCCGAAUAACGGACCCCAACCACCGGAGAUGGGAGGUCCCGCAGGACGUCCUCCCUCGCCCACAACCGCCGGAGGGGACCUUCCUCCCUCUGACGGGACAUUCGAUCUCAGCUCCUCAGUCAGACCUGGAAUUCAUUCUCCAGAACACUACCAACAGCCCAUUCGGCUUCACGGUUCGCCGUCGUUCCACCGGCGACAUCCUCUUCGACACCUCGCCGGUUCCCAACCGUCCUGAAACCCUCCUCAUCUUCAAAGAUCAGUACCUCCAACUCUCCUCCUCACUCCCCUCCAAUAGAGCUAACCUCUACGGCUUGGGAGAGCACACCAAGAGGUCCUUCAAGCUGAGCCACAACCAAACUCUGACUCUAUGGAACGCCGACAUUGGGAGCGCCAAUUUAGACCUAAAUUUGUACGGAUCACAUCCUUUCUAUAUGGAUGUCCGGUCGCCUGCAGGAGCCACUCAUGGAGUAUUGCUACUAAGCAGUAAUGGCAUGGAUGUUGUGUACACGGGUGAUAGGAUCACUUACAAAGUCAUUGGAGGCAUUAUCGACUUAUAUUUCUUUGCUGGCCCGACUCCUGAGAUGCUGAUGGAUCAAUACACUCAACUUAUUGGCCGUCCAGCUGCAAUGCCUUAUUGGUCAUUUGGCUUUCACCAGUGCAAAUGGGGUUAUAAGAGUGUUUAUGAUCUUGAAAGAGUGGUUACUAGUUAUGCAAAAGCUGGGAUUCCUUUGGAAGUUAUGUGGAAUGACAUUGAUUAUAUGGACGGUUUCAAGGAUUUUACACUUGAUCCAAUCAACUUUCCUCUGGACCUGAUGAAGAAUUUUGUUGAUAGGAUUCAUCAAAAUGGUCAAAAGUAUGUGCUGAUACUUGAUCCAGGUAUUAGCAUUAAUGCUACUUAUGAGACUUACAUCAGAGGGAUGGAAGCUGACAUCUUCAUAAAACAUGAGAAUAAGCCCUAUAAAGGAGUUGUUUGGCCAGGGGAUGUAUACUAUCCUGAUUUUCUAAAUCCAUCUAGUGGAAUAUUCUGGAGCAAUGAAAUCAACAAGUUCCACGGUCAUCUCCCUGUAGAUGGCAUUUGGCUUGACAUGAAUGAGCUAUCAAACUUCAUCUCAUCCUCUGGAAACUCAUCUGUCCUUGACAACCCUCCAUACAAGAUCAACAACUCGGGAGAUAAAGUAUCAAUAAAUCAUAACACAGUUCCAGCUACUGCUCUUCACUUUGAGAAUGUUACCGAGUAUAACGCUCACAGCCUGUAUGGAUUGUUAGAGUCCAAAGCAACACAUAGUGCGUUGGUUAAAGUCACCAGUAAAAGGCCCUUUAUACUUGCUAGGUCGACAUUUCUUGGCUCGGGGAAAUACACUGCACAUUGGACUGGAGACAAUGCUGCUACUUGGAACGACUUAGCAUAUUCGAUUCCUGGUAUCCUAAACUCUGGACUGUUUGCCAUACCAAUGGUUGGGGCAGAUAUAUGUGGAUUUUCAAGAAACACAACUGAAGAACUCUGUCGACGUUGGAUUCAGCUUGGGGCUUUUUAUCCAUUCUCAAGAGACCACUCUUCAAACGAUACAAUCAAUCAAGAGCUCUAUGUCUGGGAUUCAGUUGCCACUGCAGCUAAGAAGGUGCUGUCACUCCGUUACCAGUUGCUUCCAUACUUUUACACAUUGAUGUAUGAAGCUCACCUGAAAGGAACUCCAGUAGCAAGACCUCUUUUCUUCUCAUUCCAUCAAGACACCAACACGUAUGAUAUUAGCUCUCAGUUCCUUCUAGGUAAAGGUGUCAUGAUCUCACCUGUAUUGUCACCGGGAGCUAGCUCUGUUGACGCCUAUUUCCCAGUUGGAGUCUGGUUUGAUCUCUUCAAUAACUCGAAUUCCUUGAGUUUGAGUCAAGGAAAAACCCUCAUGUUGGAGGCACCUCCCGAUCAUAUAAACGUUCAUGUUCGUGAAGGGAACAUAUUGGCUAUGCAAGGGGAAGCAAUGACUACACGAGCUGCUCGACAAACAACAUUCAAACUUCUUGUUGUUUUGAGCAGCAGUGGGAACAGCACAGGAGACCUAUUCCUAGAUGAUGGGGAGGAAGUGGAGAUGGGAAAAGAGGGAGGGAGAUGGACACUGAUAAAAUUCUGUGGGAACGUCAUUGGCAACAGAGUCAUGGUUGAAUCGCAAGUCAUCAAUGGGGAGUUUGCAAUAACUAGUAGAUGGGUUAUUCAAAAGGUGGCAUUUCUAGGGUUGGAGCAUGUGAGACAAUUUAAAAGCUAUAAACUUGGCCAAAGAAUCGGAUCAAUAUGGAAGCAGAACCGCAGAAUGAUGAAAGGUAUUAAAGUGGGGCGAAAAAAUGGUGCUAUGGAAGUCACUGGGAUGACAAUACCAGUUGGGCAGGAGUUCAAACUUGAGCUAGAGGCCAAUGCCUAGGAGGAGAUUUGUGCAAAGAUGAAAAUCAGUGUUUCCAAGCUAAUAAACUGUUAGUACUUCCUUUUGGCAUCUAAUAAUGUGAUAAUGAUUAAUAAAGUAUUUAUGCCCCCUGCGACAGUUCAUCCGUAAUGAUUCAGAGUGUAAUUUAUAUCCCACGUUUGUAUAGUUAAGGUAUGGUCAUGUUUCAUUAUUAUGUUACGAUGUUGAUCUUUUAAUAACACACUACAUUUCAAGCUCGUGCGAUGUACACCACUAAACA